AUGGAGCGCCAGGCACUACUUUGUCGCUACGCAGACCGCAGUCGGAAAUACGAUGAGCUGAAGGUGGGGCAGGUGACAUCUCCGUUGAGCAGGCUUGUAUACUGGUGGUUUUUGUCGUGCUCGCUAGGGAUGAUGUACAUCCUUGUUCUUGGACGCAGCCUGGGUGGGCUCGUUGCAGUGAUCGUCAUAGUACUAAUUCUGCGCCAGCUUUUCGAGGCUUCUGUUCUGGAUCAUGAUGGAAAGGGAACGCUGUGGGCCGUAGGCUCCGCGACAGUGGCACUGGCGAUGGGAGUUUUCGUUGUGUGCAUGCUAUCGGAGUGGCUCUCAUUGUUGCAGCCUGAGGGCGGGUUUACGAUAGAGAUGUACUCCUGGGACUAUUUCUCCUCCGAUGUGAUAUUUGAUAUUAUAGGUAUAGUGUCGGUUUUACUGCUCAUCGUUGUUCUGCUUAUUUGUUUGCUGCUCAGCUUGAUAACACUCUUUCAGAUUAUAGUUUACAUCUGUGAGUCAAUCCAUGGUUUCAUCAAGCCGCAGAUCGGUGUUCGGCUUUACGAAGAACCUUCGUCUUAUGUCUAG